AUGAGCAAGGCCGCGUGCACCGUCGCCUCCACCGGAGAUGCACUACUGAGAAACAUGAUCAUCAGGCGAGAGGAAGCAUUACAGACGUGGGUGACCUGUCUAGAAGAUGCCGGGACCACCAAGAUGGAGCAGGAAUGGACCAGCCAAGACGAUCAUCGUCGACCUGGAAUUGUGGGCAGUAACAGAACACAAAAUAUGCCCCAUAGGGAACUAGAUAAGUACUGCGUUCGUCUCAUGGAGACACUCAUGCUUAUGCGGGCGAAAGCCGCAGCAACGAGCUCUCUGAAGAACAUCACGGAGUCCGUCAACACAUCCCUCACGCCUAGCAUACAGGCCAGACCUCGGAAGCUAGGCAGCGACAAGCGCCUUUCAUCUAUCGGGCCUUGGGUCUUCGCGUAUGCGGGCAAUGACUGCCAUCUUUUCUUCUUUUCUUUUCAAUUUUCCACACAAAUUUCCCUUGUUUCCAAAUUUCCACCCGGGUUAUCGGCUAUUGCAACAGCCACCUACGGCAGGAUUUACGUCGUCAUCGUCAGCGGCAAUGACGACGGCGUAACAGAUUCAUUGACUCACCGUCGAGAGGAUCACAUUUUUUUUUCCGUGGGCACAGUGCCUCCACAACCUUGA